AUGCGAAAAGAUAAACACACCCGUUGCGAUGAAAACAGUAGUCUCUAUGACUUGUUGGCACUCUGCCGUUGCGUUGGUUUAUGCAAGAAUAAGAAUAAAGGGGGCGGCGUGAAUUUAAAUGACGAUCGUACAAUGCUAACAAGGAAGGUUAGAAACACUGUGUGA